CAACAUCACACACAAGCUUCCCAGAGACUGAGGGAUACGGCAGGCUUCCUAAACACAACAACUAACUAGUGGAUUAUGGAGUUUCAUGAGUAUUUGAGGUGAUGGAGACCUGCAGAAGAAAAACACAAGUCUAACCUGUAGCUGGUAAACUAUGGUAAGGUAGUGAUCACGCCACUACCCUCAAAAUGCUGGAAUUGCUUCCCCUCUUGCUGAUAAUCGUACCUUCCUAUUCUAACAUAGUUCAGAACUGCCCUAACUUCUGCCUUUGCUAUGAGUCUUCCAACCUUGUGGAAUGCCGGAAUCAGAACCUCCUCAGUGUUCCACACCAUCUGUCACACAGCACGUGGAUGUUGGAUCUAAGACAUAAUAACCUCAGCAGAUUGGAUCCUGCGUCCUUCCAAGCUUUGUGGUCACUCCGUAUCCUCCUCCUUUCAGACAACAGGAUUGAGAAGGUGUCCCCUAGAUCUUUCCGCUCUCUUGGCUUCCUUGAACGCCUGGACCUCUCCUAUAACCAGCUUUCCAGCCUGCCCUUUGACUUCUCCAGGGGCUUAGGUUCCUUGAGAGAGCUGAGGGUACCUUCCAACCGACUGACAGUCUUGAGCUAUGAAAGCCUUCGCCAUUUAGAAAGUCUGGAGAAGUUGGAUUUAAGCAAAAACUUCUUGGCUUCUGUAGAGCAAGGAGCUUUCCGUGGACUGUCCAGGCUUCGUCACCUCCACCUUCAAUCUAACCUUCUUUAUGCAAUAAGAGGUGGUUACUUUUUCAUGCUUCAGAAUCUUGAGCUAUUAGACUUGUCAGACAACAAUAUCAGCAGCAUAGCAGUGGAAUCCUUCACUUCUCUGCACUCACUUAGACUCCUUGCUCUCUCUGAUAACCAGCUCAGUCACCUUAAAUUUAAAACCUUCAUUAAUAUACAGACCCCAAGCACUCACAUGCAGGUAUCUGGCAAUCCCUGGGUGUGUGACUGUGACCUACAGAGAGUAUUUGGCAAGAUCAACAGUGUUAGACACCUGCACAUAGAUGACUAUGAAAAUCUAACUUGUGCUGGUCCUCCACAGCUCUUGGGAGCAGCUCUAGACUCAGUGGACAGCCAACUGUGUGUGGCUGAGACAGCCACCGUCUUGGUGAUUACUAUCACCGUUCUCGUAACUGUGAUUGCUGCUAUUGUCAUGGCUGAGAGGAAUCGGAAGAAGAACCAGGACAAGAACUGGAAUGAACUAGAUGGACCCUUCGAAACCCAGGACAAGUGAUGACAGCAGCUUUGCAAGCUGGGCCGACUCACUACAGUAGUAUGUCUCAGAAUAUCAACUGAAACACCCAGGAGAACAUGUCAUAUAAUUUAAGGGGAACCAUUAAAUAUUUGGCUGCUUCUUUGGACCCAACCUGAUUAUAAGGGGUCUUUUUAAAGGGGGGAUUGAGAUCAAUUGUGUUUGCUAAUAUACUUUCAUAUUAAUAUGACCUUGUCUGAUCAGCAUGUUAGUGUAAAUACAACACCCAGCACCCUCUUGUAUUUAUCUUUGAUUCUAUUAAUCCAGCUCUUGCAUCUUUACUUGUAUAUGUCCGCCUAUGUUGAGAAAGCAAUUAAUUCCAAAGGAAAAUAUUAGUGGGAUAGUCUCAGGCAUCAGAACUAUGGGGCAGAGCCAGGGUGAUACCCCAGGAGAUUUUCUCCUGAUUUAAAUUUUUUUUUGUAGGAUGCAGGCAGGCAGGUAGAUGAAGGAAACGUUUUCAGUGCGGCAGGCACCAUACUGCACCAAAAUGUAUCCCCCCUUCACCACCCACCUCCUCCCAAUAUGAUCUUCUGGGGCCCUUGAGGAACAGGGCCCACCUUUGUGCCAUAGUAUCCGUUAGCAAAUAUUCAGCGGGUAACAUUCACUGGUCACCUGGUUGAAAGUAAGAAUCUGAUUGAUAUGGGUUACUAGACUUGGAGCAAAAGUUGCCCGUUUUAUGACAUUAACGCCAUUGCUGGGUACACCUUGGGCCUCUGCUGCUGCUCUCAUCUCAACUUUCCUUUUUACAGAACUUUUACACUGGGGGAUAAUAAUGGUGGCCUAGGGUCCUAGUUCUAAUGACACUCACCACAAUGUAAAAGAAAAUGUAUUCACUCUGUCUUAACUUGUGUUGCUUAUUGGCAUUUUGUGUGAUACCUGUGAUUGAAACUAAAUAUUAUUUUGGAUGCUC